GCCGAAGCAACGGCGCAUUCAACAAUUUGUCGAAAACGAAAUAAAUUAUACCGAAAUUAAAUAUGUUUAAGCUCGCACGUCAAUUACUGCCACAGCAACGGAUGCUGAGGAGUUCCAUUGUUCGUUUAAUUUCCACCGGCGAUGAUGUGAAGAUCGGCGGAUUGCCAACAGAGCUGGUCCAUGAACAGAAACUGAAGAAGACCUCAAGAACACUAUCUACGCUUCAAAAUCAUACAAUGCCAAUUGCGGCGCGCGUCACAGUUUCAAAAGAUGAAAGCCGUGACUUUAUGGCCGUUUUUCCAGACUUGGUGCGUGACCUUACGAACGUAACAAAGGCAUACAAUUGCAAUGAUGCUGCGAAAUGGUUUGCCCAAGUUUUGCAAUACAAUGUGCCUCGCGGCAAGAAAAAUCGCGGCAUAUUGACGGUGUUGACAUAUAAAAAUCUCGUAGACCCAGAGCACUUGACGCCGGAAAAUGUAAAAUUAGCUCAGUAUUUGGGUUGGUGUGUAGAAAUGCUUCAAAGCUUCUUCAUCAUCUCCGACGAUGUUAUGGACAAUAGCGAAACGCGCCGAGGACAGAAAUGCUGGCACAAGGUGGAAAAUGUUGGUCUGACUGCAAUUAAUGAUGCACUGAUGAUUGAGAAUGCUAUGUAUGCUAUACUAAAGCAGCACUUUAGCAAUCUGGAAUGCUAUGUACCGCUCAUUGAGCUCUUCCAUGAAAUCACCUACAUUACCACUUGUGGGCAGUCUUUGGAUUUACUCAACUCCAACAAGCGAGUGUCGGAGUUUACAAUGGAGAACUACAAAGCUAUUGUGGAAAACAAAACUGCCUACUAUUCAUUCUAUUUACCAUUUGCGAUUGCAAUGCAUUUAGCCGGCUAUACAGAUGCCGAAGCAUUUAGACAAUCUAAAACCAUUUUGCUUGAAAUGGGUCACUUUUUCCAAGUGCAGGAUGAUUUCCUUGACUGCUUCGGUAAUCCAGAGGUAACCGGUAAAAUUGGCACCGAUAUACAAGACAACAAGUGUUCCUGGCUGGCCGUAGUUGCAAUGCAACGCGCCAAUGCCGAGCAGAAGCAAAUCAUGAUUGAUUGCUAUGGACAAAGCGAUAAAUCUAAAGUAGAAAGGGUUAAGGCGCUAUACAAGGAGCUCAGCUUGCCCUCCACAUAUGCCAUCUUUGAAGAGGAAUCCUACAACAGGAUCAAAACACACAUACAACAAACCUCACGCAUACCGCAUCAACCAUUCUUGCAAAUCCUCAACAAAAUAUAUCAACGUGACGCCUAAGCGCUGAAAGUAAAUAUAAGGCCUGACUUGUA